AUGAAUGGAGGUGAGUUGGAAAAUCAUCAAGAAAAGGUUGACUACGUGUUCAAAGUGGUGGUGAUUGGCGACUCAGCUGUGGGCAAGACUCAGUUACUGUCCAGGUUUGCAAGAAACGAGUUCUGCUUAGACUCAAAAUCCACCAUUGGGGUUGAAUUUCAGACCAGAACUGUCACCAUUAAAUCCAAAGUCGUUAAAGCCCAGAUCUGGGACACUGCCGGCCAGGAAAGGUACAGGGCAGUAACAAGUGCUUAUUACAGAGGUGCUCUAGGGGCUAUGUUAGUGUACGACACUACCAAAAGACAGAGUUUUGAUCAUGUAGCUAGAUGGGUUGAGGAACUGAGGGGACAUGCUGAUAAUUCAAUUGUGAUCAUGUUAAUUGGGAACAAAGCUGAUCUUGUGGAUUUGAGGGCUGUGCCAACUGAGGAUGCCGUAGAGUUUGCAGAAAACCAAGGUCUUUUUUUCUUCGAGACAUCAGCCCUCAAUGGUGACAAUGUAGAACCUGCAUUCUUUAAACUGCUCGAGGAAAUUCACAAUGUGGUUUCGAGGAAGACAUUGGAUUACAGCAAUGGAAAUGCGAACGAGAAUAACGGAGGACUGCUUAAAGGUUUGAAAAUCGACUUAAAAUCUGGUGCAGAUUUUGAAGUUAGUGAAAUCAAGAAAUUGUCUACAUGCUCUUGCUAA